ACCAUUUUCUCUCCUCUAAUUUGAUUAAUCAUGGCGGAAGCACUUGUUGGUGGAGCUUUUCUCUCUGCUUUCAUUAACGUUGUUUUGGAGAGGGUGUCUUCAGCUGAGUUUGUGAAGUUGAUCCAAGGAAAGAAGCUUGACCAAGACUUGCUGCAAAGGUUGAAUAAUGCUCUGUGUGCUGCUGAAGUUCUGCUUAUUGAUGCUGAGCAAAAGCAAAUCAAUAACCCAAGUAUCAAGAACUGGCUCCAUAAUCUCAGGGAUGCUGUCUAUGUAGCUGAUGACUUGUUAGAUCUUGUUUUCACCCAAGCUGCAACUCAGAAGAAGGUCAGUAACUUUCUCCCUCGCUUUCUUCAUUCCCAUAAUAGGGAGAUUGUGAAUAAGAUGGAAGAGGUUGUUAGAAGAAUAGAAGAUACUGAAAAACGCAAGUAUAUCCUUGAUCUUAAACACAUUCCCAGGGAGAACUUCUCUUGGAGGACUCCCUCCACUUCUCUCGUCAAAGGGAAUAUAUAUGGCAGGGAGAUCGACCAAGAUGCAAUUAUUCAUAUAUUAAAAGAUGAUACUCAUGAUCAAAUAUCAGUGAUCCCUAUUGUGGGCAUGGGUGGUGUUGGAAAAACCACUUUAGCCCAAUGGGUGUAUAACAAUGAGAAUGUGAUGAAGGAGUUCGAUUUGAAAGCAUGGGUUUGUGUUUCUGAAGAAUUUGAUAUUGUUAAGACUACAAAGACUAUAAUAGAGUCACUUACCUCUGGUGUUUGUAAUAAGAUGGAUCUAGAUUUACUUCAACUUGAUUUGAAGGAAAGAAUAGCAGGAAAGAAAUUCUUUUUUGUUCUGGAUGAUGUUUGGAGUGAUGAUUAUGAUGGUUGGAGUAGUCUUAAAACACCUUUUCAAUAUGGGAUUAAGGGAAGUAAAAUUCUCGUGACAACUCGGAGUGAAAAGGUUGCUGCCGUUGUCCGAACUUGCCCACCUUACCAUGUAAAUCAUUUGUCCGAUGAACAGUGUUGGUCAGUGUUUGCAGAUCAUGCGUGUUUUCCCAAAACUAAUGGGAAUUUGAUUCUAGAAAACAUUGGUCGAGAGAUUGUUAAGAAGUGCAAGGGAUUACCUUUAGCAGCACAGACACUUGGAGGCCUUUUGCGAGCAAAACACAAUAUCAAGGAUUGGAAUGCUAUACUCACCAAUGAAAUGUGGGAGUUUUCUGCUAAUGACAGUAAGAUCAUUCCAGCAUUGAGAAUAAGUUAUUACCAUCUCCCUCCACCUUUAAAACGUUGUUUUGCUUAUUGUUCUCUGUAUCCCAAGGAUUAUAAAUUUCAAAAAGAUGAAUUAAUCUUAUUGUGGAUGGCAGAAGAUCUUUUAGAGCAGCCAAAGAAAGGAAAGACUUUAGAAGAAGUAGGUGCUGAAUAUUUUGAUGAAUUAGCUUCCAGAUUAUUUUUCAAAAAGUAUUAUGAACCUAUUGAUUACUUGUUUUACGUGAUGCAUGAUCUGAUGCAUGACCUAGCAAUAUCUGUUGCUGGAGACUUCUAUUUUAGGUCAGAGGAACUUGGGACGGUUGACAAGAUUAAGAUUCAUACUCGUCAUCUGUCUUAUGGAAGGUUGAGUCAUCCAAUCUCAAAAAAUUUCAAUGCUAUUGAUGAAUUAAAAUAUUUGAGAACUUUUUUGCAAGUCAAUUUUUUACCUCCUUCGUUCAGCUUUGAAAGUGUCAUUUCGAUCAUACUAUCGAAGUUCAAUUACCUGAGAGUUUUGUCAUUCAUCGUUUGUCGGGAACUUGAUACAUUGCCUGAUUCAAUAGGUGAAUUGAUCCAUCUUCGUUACUUAGAUCUCUCCGAGACAGGUAUCAAAACACUGCCAGAAUCACUAAGUAAAUUGUACAAUCUACAAACGUUGAAGCUGUUUCUUUGUGUACAACUAACUAUGUUGCCAAGUGGCAUGCAAAAUCUUGCAAACUUGCGACAUCUUGAUAUAACCGCAACUGCUUUGAAAGAGAUGCCUGGGGGAAUGAGCAAACUAAAACAUUUGCAGUUUUUAAGUAACUUCAUUGUUGGCAAACAUGAAGAUAAUGGCAUAAAGGAAUUGGGAGACCUUUCAAAUCUUCACGGAUCAUUGCUGAUUAGUAACUUGGAAAAUGUUACUGACAGUGGUGAAGCAGCAGAGGCAAGAAUGAUGGAUAAGACUUUCAUAAAACGUUUGUACUUGGAGUGCUCCAGGGAUAGUGAUCUGAAUACAACCUCAUCGCAUGCUGAAAGAGAAGUAUAUGACCAGUUACAACCUCACAACGGCCUAGAAUAUCUAUCCAUCAGGAACUACAGGGGUACGAGAUUUCCAGAUUGGGUAGGACAUUCUUCCUACCACAGUAUGACUGAAUUAAGUCUUAGUUCUUGUAGGAAUUGUUGUAUGCUUCCUUCACUUGGACAACUAUCCUCUCUGAAGACCUUGAAGAUUGAAAAUUUUGAUGGGCUUGAGACUGUUGGUGCCGAAUUUUACAAGAAUGAUAAUGGUCAUUCUUUAGAAACACCCUUUUUGUCCUUGGAGUAUCUGUCAUUUUGUAAAAUUCCAUGUUGGGAGGAGUGGUAUUUGUUUAAAUUUGAAGCUUUUCCUAAACUUAAAGUGCUUAGAAUAAAUGAUUGUCCAAAAUUGAGGGGACAAUUGCCUGAGCACCUUCCUGCUUUAGAAAGACUAGUGAUUGAAAAAUGUGGUGAUCUUGUUUCUUCUCUCCCUAGAGCUCCCUCAAUUUGUGAAUUAACCAUAUCUGAAAGCAACAAAGUAAGGUUUGAAGAGUUACCAAUGUCAGUGCACGAUUUGUCAAUUAAUGGGUGCGACUUGAUGGCAUCCAUGUUUGGGGCCUUUGCCAUAUCCCACCCUAAUUGUCUCCAUUAUUUAAGCAUCUCUGAUUGUUCGCUUGCAGUAUCGUUUGUGGGGGAUUGUUUACCAGAAUGUUUGAAAGAACUGAGCAUCAGGAACUGUGGAAAACUAGAAUUCCCGAAGCAACAACAUGAGCUGUUAGAAUCGCUGGGAAUCACCAACAGCUUUGAUUCACUCUCAUCUUUCCCAUUAGAAGUGUUUCCUGAUCUCAGGUUUCUGAGAAUCUACGAAUGUAAAAAUCUGGAAUCUCUGUCCAUUAGUGGGUGCUCCAAUUUAGCGUGGUUCCCGAGAGAAGGGUUUGCUGCACCCAACUUGACUGGAUUUGUUGUCCGCAACUGCCACAACUUGAAGUGCUUGCCUGGUCACAUGAAUACUCUGCUUCCAAAGUUGGAAUAUCUGUCAGUAAGUGAUUGCCCUGAAAUUGAAGCAUUUCCUGAAGGGGGUCUGCCUCCAAACCUGACACGGCUUACUAUCAAUAAUUGUGAGAAACUACUGAGAUGUCUGUCAUCAACGGGUGGGCUUCAGGGUCUCACUAAUCUUAGCAUUAGAUGUGAGAGUGGGAAGUCUUUCCCUUUGUUGCCACAGCUUCCCUCUCUUACCACUCUGCAACUGUAUAAAUUUGAAAGUAUGGAGACAUUGGAUUGCAAGGGCCUAUCCCAUCUCACCUCCCUUCAAGUUUUGACCAUCUCAAACUGCUCCAAGCUGAAGAGUAUAGUGGGAGAAAGGCUGUCUCCCUCUCUGUUAAAACUCCAAAUAUAUGAAACCCCUUUGGUGGGAAAACGGUGUCAAGAGAAGCACGAUGAAAUUUGGCCCAAAGUUUCCCACAUCCGUGGAAUUCAGGUUGAUGGGAGAUGGAUUUCGUGAACUUGGGGUUACCAACAGCAAC